AGCUUUCUUAAUUUGCCCAACUGUCUCUCACGCGUCUCAAUCUACAUUUCCUCAAUUUUAUUUUCAUCCUUUCAACAAGCAGUUGAAUUUCCCCAAAACUCCAAUUUCAGCAACAAUGGCGUCGCAAGAUCCAAACCCUAAUCGGACCCCAAUGUACCCCCAAAUCGACCCGUAUUACCCCGCCGCCCCUCCCAUCCAAACUUCCUCUUCUUCAUCUCUCUACCCCACCGUCGAUAUGGACGAGUUAAACAACCUUUUUCCGUCGCCUUGGAGCGACGGAAACUCUCCGUCGGCGCCGCCGGAGUCCGUACAGGAGUCGUACAUCACGAUCCCUGGCGCGAUCGUCCACCUCAUCGACACGCACUACUCAGUCGAGCUUGCCGCCGGCGAUCUCCAGAUCAUUCGCCUCUUUCAGGGAGAUAACACCGUCGCCGUUGUCGCCGCCGUAUCAGACGAAAUCGAGUGGCCGCUGACGAAAGACCUAGCCGCCGUCAAGCUCGACGCUUCCCACUACUUCUUCUCCUUCCGCCCCCCGCCCGAGGGUGAGGGUUCGAACUCGAGCGACGAGGACGGAGCGAAGAAGAACAAAAAGAAGGAUAAGAAGAAGACGAAGAAGAAAGAGAAGGAGAAGAAAAAAGGAGAGGAGACGGCGAAGAAGGACAACGACGUCUUGAGCUACGGGCUCACGAUAGUUUCAAAGGGGCAGGAUGGUUUGCUGAAGGAACUGGAUGCAAUCUUGGAAACUUGCAGUAAUUUCUCGGUGCGGAAGGUGGAGGAGAAGGCGGUGGCCGGUGCUGCAGCGGCGGAGAUCAGCCCAUUCGAGUGGAAAACGGAUGAGAAGAAGAGGGAGGAAGUGAAGGGUCAGUGCGCGGCGUACUGGACGACGCUGGCUCCGAAUGUGGAGGAGUAUAGCGGGACAGCAGCGAGGCUGAUUGCAAUGGGGUCAGGGCAGCUGGUCAAGGGGAUUUUAUGGUGCGGAGACGUCACCAUUGAUCGGUUGAAGUGGGGAGAUGAGGUUAUGAGGAAUAGGAUGGCUCCCGGUGAGAAAGCUGAGAUCGAUCCUACCACUUUGAAGAGAAUCAAACGGGUUAAGAGGGUGACGAAGAUGACUCAGAAAGUAGCAACGGGGGUUCUUUCAGGAGUUGUGAAGGUCUCGGGAUACCUUACUGGCUCUGUUGCAAACUCGAAAAUGGGAAAGAAGUUCUUUAAUCUCUUGCCAGGGGAAGUUGUGCUUGCUUCUCUUGAUGGAUUUAGUAAAAUCUGCGAUGCUGCUGAAGUGGCCGGGAAGAAUGUCAUGUCCACCUCUUCCACAGUGACAACUGGACUCGUCUCUCACAGGUACGGUGACGAGGCAGCCAAGGCAACGAGCGAGGGGCUGGAUGCUGCAGGGCAUGCUGUGGGAGCUGCAUGGGCAGUCUUCAAGAUAAGACAGGCAUUCAAUCCAAAAAGUGUGUUAAAGCCUAGCAGUUUGGCCAAGUCUGCUGUUAAAUCCGCCGCAGCUGAAGCGAAGAAGUCCAAAGCAAAUAGCUCGAGGUUUUGAUCAUGUAGAAAGCUCAAGGAGGCGAGCUCUAGUGAAAAUUUGUUGUGAAUCUGCUGUGCUUGUGUUGAGUUGUAGUCAUGAGGUAGAUGAAGGGAUAAAAUACUUGGAUACAUGCAGACUAAGAUAUCUGUGUAUUAUUAUGUAUGUAUCAUUGUAAAUGUUAUUCCUCCAAUUAUUUGAA